AUGGCUGUCGAAAGGCGCGGUAUUGCGCCCAAAUUCAUGGGAGUGUCGCUCCGGAGCCUGUCCUUGAGCACGUUAACAGUCCAGUUCUCUACCUUCAUUCUGCUCCUCCAUUAUUCUCGCGUCAUGCCUACCAAGGAUGGACAUCGCUAUCUCCCUUCAACAGCUGUCUUCCUUGUCGAAGCCCUCAAAUUGGCAGUGUGCCUGACGAUAUCGCUCUACGAAGUCUCCCUCUCAGUUCCGCGAUCUAUGCCUGCGACAUCCCUCCUCGGGAUUUUAGGGAACGCCAUCUUUGCCGGUGACAGUUGGAAGAUGGCGUUCCCGGCUGGACUCUACACGCUGGCGAACAGCCUGCAGUACAUUGCAAUAUCUAAUUUGGACGCCGCGACGUUCCACGUUACAUACCAGUUCAAGAUCUUUGUGACGGCAGUCUUGAGCGUCCUGCUUCUGCAGAGAACAAUUUCGGGGAGACAGUGGCUGUCUCUCAUCCUGCUUAUGCUGGGAGUUGCGAUCGUCUCCCUCCCCCACGGCUCGUCAGGAUCCCUCGCUUCAAGCCACCAUACCAGGAUAUAUCUGCCACGGUCAUCCAACCCUCUGCGAGAGCACUUCCGGAUGACGGAGCCUGGUUCCCACCUCAAGAAGAGAUCGGCAACGUAUGAAGGCAUUGAAGAAGACGAGCUCGCGUUGGACACACCCGGUAUGGACGCUUCCGUAGGAUUGUUUGCGGUUCUGGGUGUCUGCCUGUGUUCAGGGUUAGCUGGGGUCUACUUUGAAAAGGUCAUCAAGGAGUCGCCCAAGAACACGUCGCUCUGGAUCCGAAAUGUGCAACUAUCGAUAUAUUCUCUUUUUCCGGCCUUCUUCAUCGGCAUCGUCUUCCUCGACGGCGAAACAGUGGCAAAGUAUGGCUUCUUUGCAGGCUAUAACUGGGUGGUGGUUGCAUCAAUUGUCAUCCAAGCCUUUGGCGGCAUCGUCGCGGCGUUCUGCAUCUUUUAUGCCGACAACAUUUCAAAGAACUUUGCUGUUAGCAUCAGCAUGGUCCUCAGCAGUCUGGCGAGUUUCAUGUUCUUUGAUUUCGCUAUGACCGGACAUUUUUUGAUUGGGGCCUCGAUUGUCCUCAUCGCGACUUGGGUCUACAACGCCGAAGAAGCCCGGCUUCUACAAACUCCAGCAGUUACGAUCACCGAAAACGAAAAGCUGUCACUCAACGGUUCAACCUCGUUGAACGACAUGUCUAUCCAGAUCCCCAAAACUCCUUUAAUUCAAGAAGAGACAGCCCUGGCAACUUCAAGACCAGGCUCUCCAACCCACAAAAAGAGGAAUAAAGAGCCUCUGGGCUAUUUUGCGAAGCAUCGUGAUUGA